GUCUUCCAGAAACAUGGCUUAAUUCCAAUGUUUUAGGUACUGGUGAACCUGCACGUAAUUGUCAUGAAUGUCCAGAUGCUCCUCAAUGCGGUACCAAUGACUUUCUCGACAUUAGUCGAUGCCCAAUUCAUUCAUGCAACACUACUUGUCUGGUCUCGGAUACAUUUGAUGACCCCUUAACUGGUGAACAAUGUUAUCAAUCACAAUGUGCACCAGCAUAUUUAGAUAACGAUUUAACGGGAUUUUUUGGUGGUAAAUAUAGAAUUGAUAUCGAAGCGAUCGUUUAUUUAGCACAAGAUCGUUCAAAAUAUUAUCUUUGGGAAAUGGAUGUAUAUUGUGGUGCCUAUAAUUG